AUGACGGGCGGGGCGAAAGUGCUGGCGACACUGACUGACAUAGCGUUCGCGGCGAGAUUUCGCUUUUCUGACCUCAAAACACGUCUCGUCGACUUCGCCGCCAGAAGCCGACACUCCCGCUAUGCUAAUCAGCGAUGUUAUUAUGCUAAUAUAACAAUGCAGAGAACAAUGCACGCAAACGAGCAGUUCAACAAUGCAGUGCAAUACGCACCUGCUCGCCUCGCGUUGUGCGUGCCUUACAGAGAUGCAGCGACCAGUCGAUCGAUUGAUCGACCGAUUGAUCGC